UUGGCAAACCGAGCAGAAGAAGAGAGAUCGGAAGGCUGAUCGGUUGACCUGGUGGUUUGUUGAAGAAGAACAAAUGGAUUUCAAGUCGUACCCAGUGAUACCAUCGCCGCGUGGAUCCACAUGGAAAGCGUACAUUCUGCAUCGCAUCAAAAUACUACGAAUGGGAAUGCAAGCAUAUGCGACUCGAAAAUAUGCACGAUUGGAUCUCGAUCACCACAUCAAGGCUACCAAAACAAGUGAUAAAGUUGCCAUGCGGGUAACGAACAACAAACCGUCUUGGAUUUGGAUUGGUGCUGGAGAAAUGGCACCAAAUCGGCCAUGGGGCAUAAAGAAGCGGAAAAGAUGCCCGGGAACGCGUAAAUUGGCGACCAGCUUCAAGAAACAAGAGCACACAAAGGUCAGUUUUCAAGAUGAAUGGGGUACAUCAAUAACGUGUGCCAAUUGUCACGAGCGAUUUCCAAGAGAAACCAAAAAUCAUCGAUUCAAAAUUUGUCGAAAUUGCAUACCAAAACCGAUUGUUGGACUACCACCGAUAAUUGUGACGAAUUUGAGCAGACAAGAGCUUAAGAAAGAGCGAAUUGUAGAGAGAGCAAUCAAUCCAGAUCGUGAGAACAUCGAGCGUUUAGUGCCAAAGAUAAAAGUUAUCUUCAAAACUUGGUCAUUAACUCGAGAAUACCAUGAAUUGGGUGAUGCUGCACCAGAAGACAUGAUUGAGCACGUAGUCAUUUGGCACCGUGACAUUGUUGCCGCAAAGAAUAUUUUAUUCAAAGGAAUGUGUCGUCUUUUUGGCAUACCAUUGCCCGAUUCGUUGAAGAGACCUGACAAUCCACACCAUGCGAACAAUGUCAACUGAUAGCAGCAUAAAAUCAACAAUAAUCAUAAGAAGAAUAUUUUAACAAUUUUGUUAGUUACUAGGCGUGAAUAGUUUAAAUCCAAGGAUUUCUAUUGUACCCUUGACCGCAGUACGGGUCCCUAUUUAGGGCUGUGCGGAAUAUAAAAGAA